UCGGUUCGAUUUUGCCUUCUGCUUCUCCGAUUUCGCCAUGGGAGAAUCCCCGCGAGCUCUCCCGCUCUCAGAUCUCUGAACUCCUCCGUCGAGCUCUUCGCCCCCCGCCGCCGCCGCCGCCGCCGCCGCGGCGUUCGGGGCUCCGAUUUUGGAUCGCGGCAGGAGUCUUCGGUUUCCUCUGUGUCCGGAAUGGCGACGCGGAAUCGGACUCAGAUAUUCCGCAAGUACAGAGACGCGUUGAAGAGCGUCCGGGCCCCGGCCGGCUCGUCGCCGGGGACGUCGAGCUCCGGCGCGGGCCCGGUGAUCGAGAUGGUGAGCACGUCGCUCUUGAAUCAGCAUCGCUCGUACGCGCCUCUCAGCACCGAGGAUCCCGGCAGCGCGAGGGGUGCACUUACUGUGGGUCUGCCUCCUGCUUGGGUUGAUACUUCUGAAGAAAUAGCAGCAAAUGUGCAACGCGCACGGGUGAAAAUGAAUGAGUUAGCCAAGACUCAUGCCAAAGCUCUAAUGCCUUCAUUCGGAGAUGGUAAAGAUGAUCAGCGAUUGAUCGAGUCUCUUACCCUAGAAAUUACUGAUCUGAUUAAAAGAUCCGAGAAGAAGUUAUUGAGAUUAUCCGCAAAUGAACGUUCUGAGGAUUCAAAUGUUAGAAAAAACGUGCAGCGGUCACUUGCCACUGACCUACAGAGUCUAUCAAUGGAGCUUCGCAAGAAACAGUCAACUUAUCUAAAUCGUCUCAGACAGCAAAAAGAGGGUCAAGAUGGAGUUGACUUGGAGAUGAACAUAAACGGCAGCGGAUCUAGACUAGAUGAUGAUGAGUUUGAUGACUUGGGAUUUAAUGAGCAUCAAAUGGCAAGGUUGAAAAAGAGUGAAGCAUUUACAGCAGAAAGAGAAAGAGAGAUCCAACAGGUUGUGGAAUCAGUUAAUGAGCUUGCUCAGAUAAUGAAAGACCUUUCGGUUCUUGUGAUAGAUCAGGGCACCAUCGUCGACAGAAUAGAUUACAACAUUCAGAAUGUUGCUACUACCAUAGAUGAGGGACUGAAACAGCUGCAAAAGGCCGAGAGAACGCAAAAGCAAGGGGGAAUGGUCAUGUGUGCAACAGUGCUUGUGAUUAUGUGCUUCGUUAUGUUGGUCCUUCUAAUUCUCAAGUAUACACUCUUUUGAACUGCAAAGCCAUUUCCUACAAAGCUCAUCUUUCAUCUGUACACACACAUCCCUUAUGCGUGCCCCCAGACGCUUACCAUACUUGCCUGGCAGAGGAAGGAAAGUGGGAGAAUCAAAUAUGCCAUACACAAAGCUUUAGAGUUCUAACCUUCUCAUUCUUGUAUGUAUUUUUCUGUAAUCUCUACUUUGAUGGAGUGAUGGGAAGGGCACUGGGAUGUCGAGUUACAUUGUUGUCGACCAUCGCAUAUGGUCAUGUAUACGAGUUUCACCUCUGUCAGUUUUCCUCUUGUUUUUUUAGUUGUCGGGCCUCAUUAAAUUUUUUGGACUCCCUUUUGAGUUUUGGUUUCGACGGCAUCUUCAGGCUUCAUUAUUGUCCUUGAGGGAGACCAGAUAUGUAUUGAUUCUUUGACGCAAAUAAGAGAAGCGUAUAUCCCCUUCUUGACCAAA